AAUUCCAAAGUCAGACGCGGGGCACGGCAGGAGCAAAUACCAAACCCAAAUUAAAACCUCCGGCUCUCCUAUCGUCGCCGUCUUCGCCGGACAGGUUCUCCGUUGGAGACGUCACCUUGGCCGGCUUUUCUCUGCUUCCGGCCCUCCGUCCGUCUCAUCGCUCUCGCUGAACGCUAUUUUGAUCUCCCUUCUCGUUCCGGGGAACAAGUGCAAGGCAACAUAGGUGAUCAAUCGCAAUGGAGCUUGGGUCAUAUUCUGAUCACAGUAAAUCAACAUUUUCCCUGGCGGAUGAGGAUCAUACCCUUGCAAAUGCUGUUCGGUUCACCUUAAAUCAGGAUCUUUAUGUGGUUUCUCCCUGUAUUCCAAGUCCCGCUCCCUGCCCUCCUGAUGUCGUUUGUUGUAAUAAUCAAAUAUUUAGGCUGUUUGUCGCAUUGAGAUUCCUUCCGCAGUUUUCUGCUUACAAUAUUUGUUAUCUGUGCGCAUCUAUAGGGGAUUCAGCUCGUGAGGUGUUGAAAGAUGCCUGCCAAGAUCUAAUGCUAAUGUGCCAGCAUGUAAGGAGCACUUUUGACAAGUCUGUCAAUGAUUUUAAAAUGAGCAAGAAUGUGAAGGAUAUGGAUAUUAAGUGAUUUACCAGUUUUCGUUUCGAUAUGUUUUUGAUAUUGACUAGACUGCAAAUUAUGGCUCUUAUGAAUAGAUUUUGUAUGCAACUAUAGAGGGUAUACGCAGAUGCAAUGGAUGUUUUUUUUUUUGGGGGUCCUUUUUGGCCCUAACUCAGUGUGUGGUUGUUAAGCUCUCAUGUUAUGAAACGUCUGCUUCUAGUUUAAAA